AUGCGACCGAGCUUUACGGACACGUCCCCGACAACACACCUGCUUGUGCUGUUGCGAGAGAAUGUUCGUCGGUGGUCUGCCACCGUCAAUGGCUUUGGCCCUGCCGCCGGCCCACUCUCGUACGAGGAAGACACAUACGCAAGUUCGACGCUCUCGCAACUGCCGCACCUUGCUCUCCUCCCACGCCGCUCCCGGUCCACCUCACGACCAGAGCCUUCUUCUCCAACUCUUCCACUUGCUGACCCGCUUGCUCUCUCUCAGCCGCUCCAGCUUCCGCUCGCCCUUCCUGUCGCCUGCCCACUCCUCCCUCCUGGCCCGCACGCCUCGCCAGACCCCGCGCCGGCCGCCCAUGUCGACUCCUCGCUACCCAGUCGAGACGAGGCCGAGGAGGAGGCUACUGCUGCCGCCGCUGCUGCUGCUGCUGCUGCUGCUGCUGCUGCUGCUGCCGCUGCUGCUGCCGCACACAUGCAUCUGUAUUCUCUUGCCCACCACCCACACUUUCAGGCUCAAGCCCACGCUCAGCCUCCGGCCCACUCGUCGCCACAGCACCGCCAACAACAGCACGGACGCCAGUCGUCGGUCCCGCCACGCUCCAGGCCGUCGUGUGACGAUGAUCUGAUCGACGAGCAGCUGACAGCGGCGCAAGAGCCAUCCUCGCCACCGCCGCGCCGCCCGCCGCCGCUCGUCCCGUUUGUCCGUUCGUCGUCGGUCUCAAAGCUGGACGGUCCAAACGCCCGCAGCUUGCAUCGCGCCUCGCACUCGUCGUCCAACCUGGGCGCAAGCUACCGUGCCAGCGGAGCUGCGGGGAAGCGCGGUCGCCGCGCUGCCGGGUCUCGCGAGCACAAGCGCUCGUCGUCGUCAACCGGCAACGAGUCAACACACCCUGGGACCGGCCAUCCCCCCUCGUCGCCAUCUCCUGUGCACAAGCGCCGGCCAAAGCGCAAGGCCCGCCGUGCCUCGGUCACCGGCCUCCCGUCCGACACUCAAGGCCCGUUUCCGGCCGCCCCGCACUCGCACCUCCGGUCACCGCCGGUCCGCAACCGGCCGAGGCGUUCCCGCGCAGGCUCGGCGCCCAAGCCCAUGGACCACCGCGAUCGCCGCAACGGCCGCGACCAUGCCGCGCGCCCGCACUCGCGUCCGUCCAAGCCGACCAAGCCGUCUAAGCUCGGUGCGCCAUGCACGCCUGCCUUUGAGCGUGGCGACCUCCCGCCACUCGGCCAUCCGGUCCUCGGCCUCCUCAACGAUGGCUCGUGGCACGUCGGCGAGGUCGUUCUCCACCACGACUCCAAGCGCCGCGUCCUCAUCGCCUUCUCGGACGGCGAGACCCGCAAGUGGCUCCCGCUCGAACGCAUCAUCCUCACCCCGCCGCCCGCAGAGCAGGCUGCCUUCAAGGCUCGUUUCCUCGCAGAACGCGCUGCGGCAGAGGCCGCCGCCGUCGCCGCUGCGCCCGGCCCCGGCCUCGCUCCCGGCCCUCACGCCCGCCCGAGCCCUGCCUCACCUGCCCCCGACGGCUCGCUCCCGCACCAGCGCAUCGUCUACGUUCCCUACCCAGUUCCGGUCCCGCGGAGCCGCUCGCCGCCAACCUAUCUGCGCGAGCUGCGGCAAGACUCGACUCGAUCCGGAUCACGCGACAUGGACGCCGAGACCGCUGCGCUGCUUGCGGAGCAAGAGCGAUUCCUCUCGUCGGGCCAAGCAAGUGCCGCAACUGUAGUGCGGGCCAAUGUGGUUGAGCGGAGUGUGCCUCGGCGGGAUGUGGUCCAGCUCGAUGGUGCCGUGGAGGAGUGUCCGCCCGAGGAGCCUAGCAACCUCUCGAGUCGAGUGAGUGCGACUCGGACGGGCGGAGCGCCAUCCUCGUCCGGCCGCCGAGCUGACGACAGGGACCAGCCUCGGAAGGAGGCUGCGGCGCACACAGAGACGAAAGAUGACGAGGAGAAGAUGGAAGAGGUUCCGGACGUGGUCAUGGGUGUGGUUGAGCGGUUUCCAGACCAGCGGGCGUACGCUCCACCGGCUCCGUCGGGCACUCCCUUCCCGACUGUUGUCCAUCGGUCGGCGAGGACUCACUCGCUCGGUCGGCAGAGCGCAAGGCGGAAGAGCGGAGACGGCGGCGGCUCGAUUUUCGCUCGGCGAUCGGCGUUUGCGGCCGAUCAUGCGGCAGGAGGGGCAAGACCGGACGCGGGUGCAGGAGGCAAGCCGAAGGCGGGCGACCGGGCAGAGAAGAAGAACCUCAAGCUGCCCAAGGCCGCCGAGUCGGUGGUCAAGGAGGCACCGCGGCAGACCCGGGCGACGCUCUCCACGAACAUGAUCGAAGUGGAGAAGAUGCAGUGGAUGACGACGCUGAUCGAGGGCGCCGGCACCAACGGCGCUCGAGGCGCAAGUGCAAGCAAGCCCAAGUCGAAGAUUGCUCUCCAGAUCGAGGCCUUCAAGGAGCUGUUUCCUGUCUUUGACCAGCGGUUCGAUCUUCAGGGCAAGCUCUGCUCCCGCGAGGACUUUGCCGACGCGGUGGAAUUGCCGCGCGAGCUGAUGCACCACGGCGCGGAUCCGGAUGCGCCCGGGUACACACUUGGUGAGCUCACGCGACUGCUGCGAUCCAAAGUGCCUGCACAGGCUGCAGUUGCAGCCGACACGCUGGCAGCGAUUCUGCGGCGCGCUCACGGCGGCGAGUACGCGCCGGGGCAGGGUCGGGUCAUUGUCAACGCGUUUGUGGAGCUGUACGGAGUGCUUGCGGUCCGACUCGCGCUCGACUCGGAGUCGAUCACGCUGCUUCUGCCUGCGCUGGACCUUGUGGCCGCGCUGCUGCCGCUGCCCGAGUGGACAGCGACCGAGGCGAUUGCGCCGUCAGGCGUGCGGUCGUACGCGCUUACGCCGGGCACGUCGCUGCGGCGGGCGUCGCAGAUGGACGACGCCGAGCUGGCCAAGACUGAUGCGGUGCUCGCGCUUGUACGCACAGGCAUUGUCCCGCGCCUGCACUACCUGUAUAGUGUGUGGCGACAUCCGCCGCACGCGUUGCUUGUCCGGCGGCGGGUGGUGCAAAUCCUGACUCGGGUGGCGAGCCACUCGCUGCACGGAGCAGCGGCCGUGAUCCAGACGCCUGGACUGAUGGAGACACUUCUCAGCGACCACGUGGCGGUAGCAGCGGUUCACGAUGCCGACAUGACCGUCCUGACCGUCCCUGUGCUGCUGCUGGCCAAGAGGCUGGCGGCGUCGUCGGCCGAGCAUGCACACCGGCUUGACGACGCGGCGCCGAGUGCGACGCUGAUGGCGAGCGUGAGCCGAUGGAUCCUGGCGGGUCCAGUGGGUACGAGCGGCGCGUUUGAGGCCGCGCUCGCGCUGUGGCGAGUUUUUCUCGCUUACGGCGGUGCCGUGGACACGCUUGUGGCGUCGGCGCAUGUUCUGCUUCCGCUGCUCGAGACUGGGACCAGCACCCAGGCUGCAGCGGUGUACGCUGUGUACACGCAGGCGGUCGAUGCAGUGGCUGGCUCGGACUCUUGGUCGCUGGUGGCGCCACUGGUGGCGACAACGGUCAACGCGCUCCGGACCGCGGUGGAGGGCGGACUUGUCGACGCUGGCAACGCGGGGCGGCUGGUUCUGCUCGGAGCGCAGAUGCACUUUCUGGCGGCGUACCUCCGUGCGCUACCGCUGCAUCCGACGGCGUACGACCCAUCGGAGGCAGUGUUGUUUGCACGGCGGACAAUGUCGGAAGUUGUGGGUCUGUUGCCGCAAACCGUACUCGGUGCAGCGCCCGAGGUGCCUGCGGCGGCGCACGCGGUGCUGGCGGCAGCGGCGCCGCUGACCAUCCGAUCCGGCGGCGAUGCGCCUGCCGUGUUUGCUGUUCCUGCAGCCACCCCUGCGCUGGAGGAGCUGCUGCCGUCUGCGCUGGCCGUCGACGGGCUGGCGUCGCUCGUCCUCGCGCUUCUCGCGCUGUAUCGGCCUGUGCUCUCUGAUGCCCGGCCUGGGUUCCUGGGUGCGCUCGCAGCAUGGCUAGAGUGUGUGGCGCCUGCGCGGCGAGAGCAGGAGAGUCUGGCGGGCCUGCUGCGGCGGGUGGUUGCGACACAUGCCGGGCUGCGGCUGGCAGCGGUGCUGGCGGCGGCACCGGAUGGCGUGCUUCCACCGUCGCAGUAUGCGUGUGUGCUGCGGCUGGUGGCGGAUGCGGUGCCUGGCGACGAGGCGCUGUUGACGCAGGUUCUCGAUGGAGUGGUGUUUGAGCCGGCUGUUGCGGCCAAGGUGGCGGAGGAGCACGGACUCGAGGGCGUGGAAGCCAUCGAGUCGCUCCGUGAGUACUUGGGGUCAUGGAUGGGUGAGGUCGACGCGUUGGGCAAGGACAAGCUUGUGGCUGACGUGGCGCGGUCGCGGCUCCCGCUGCCGACCGAGUGGAUGCUGAUGCCGCUCGCCGAGGUCCACUCGCGGCUGGGCGACGACGGCGAGCUCGACGUGGUGCUUGGGGCGCGGCCGAACCUCGACGUGCGGCUCAACGCGGCGGUGGCGGAGGAGAUGCUCUCGGGCGAGGCCGCGGCCGAUGCCGAAGAGAUGGCUGCGAUGAAGGCGCAUCGGCGGCAGCAGAUCCACGGCGGCUUUGCGCUGAUGGCGCCGCUAGUGGCGUCGACUGCGCCUGCUGUCCUACUCAUUCGCGGCGUGCAAGCGGUCUCGGUCUCGUCGACCCUCUUCAGUGAGCCUGUGGUGAGCGAGGUGCUCGGGGAGAUGGCGCGGCGGCUGGCGGCGAGUUCCGCCGAGAGCGGUGGGGUGUUUAUGGCGAGCCUCGAUGGGGUUCUUGCUGGCUCGCACGGGUACGCGCCACUGCUUGCCUCGUUUCUGGAGCACUACGGCGGAGUGGCGUACGCCGACGGGGCGGCGACGGCUCUGGUCCUCGUCCACCUCGCCCCGCGCGUUCCUGCCCCGCUGGCGGCACUGGUGUGGCGGCAUCUUGCGGCGGCGCCGCCAAUGGUAACGCCGGCUAUGGUCGCCGAGUUCAACCUCGGGGGGGUGCUCUUCCCGGCGAAUGGUGCCGAGACGCACGAGCCGAUGUCUGCGGUUGUCGCCGAAGCGGUCAUCAACGGGCUUGAGCUCAUGGCCCGGCGCUCGCCGGUGCUCUACCACGCGGCCGCGCUGCGCCUUGGCUGGUUUGUGGCAUCGGGCGACUUUGACGCCACCAACGCGCUCCACCGGCUCGGCGAGCGUGCCGACGAUGUUGUCGAUGCAAGCGCGGCCGAGUGUGCCGCUGCCGCCGGGUGUGGCGAAUGAUGUGUGCAAUGAAGUGACCGAUGGCCG